CCGCCCCCUGUUUUACUCACACAGCUGAGAGAAAAGAGGGAGCCAGUCCGAGUGGUGGAAAAAAAAGAAACGACCUCAGCCCUGCCUCAGCACAAGCAGCGGCACCGGGAAGCGCCGUUUCUUUGUUCACUUAACUGGGCUUUGACCAGCAAGAAAAAGUGACAUCUGAGCGUUUUGUUCACGCAUGCCAUCCCGGAAGUAUAUCGAAAUGGACCCUCGCGGGAACAAGUCUACUGAUCAGUGCGGGUCCUACGCAAAGCGGAGGAGGCACGACAUCGCUGAGCAACCCAUCCCCAGUGGCAACAGUAGAUGCUCUCCCGGUCUGGAGUACACGGACCUGGAGGCCGCCGAGGCGCUGGUGUGCAUGAGCUCCUGGGGUCACUUUGUCGGUGGCAACCGGCCCAACCCUUGCAAGCCCCGACCCUUGACCCCGGCCUCAGAUUCCUGCGACUCCAUCCUGCCACACGAGCUCCCAGAGCCCUCAAAAGACUUUGUCUCCCUUUCCUCUCUGUGUAUGACUCCACCUCACAGCCCCAGCUUCACCGAGACCUCAUCUUCCAGCAGCAGCGCUCCCUCGCAAUGCGCCGCCACCUCCGUGGCCAAGAGCCCGCCCUCGAUCGCCCCUCCUUGCAGGUCCAUGGCGACGAGUGUAAUCCGCCACACAGCGGACAGCUCCCCGUGCCAAUACCACAUUCCGGUGACCCCAAAUCUGGAGAAGGCGAUGGCCCGCCAGCAGCAAAGUGUCAUCUCUCCAUCUCCUCUUCUUCCUCUUCCUGACACACCCUCAACAACAGAGGCCGGUCCUCCCAAACCCACUUUGAACAAUGUCCCCACCCCCGUUCCUGUUCACAGUCAACCGCAAAACAGCCCCCAUGUUCAAGCGAGCCUGACACCGCCUCCAAUCACCAGUCCUCAAAUCAUCUGCCAGAUGUUCCCCUUUAGCGGUCAAUCAGGUAUAAUAUCAGCCUUAAUCCCCAGCGCAGUCCAGACGCCCGCCACCGGGGCCCGGACUGCCUCCGCGCCCAUUCUACCCCAGCCUACCUCUGCCAACCCCGCCGCAGUGCAGCAGUCCCUCAUCGUGGGCUCAGCGGUACCUCAGGGCACGGUCAUGUUGGUCCUUCCCCAGUCCUCGGUCUCCCAGGUCCCUCAUGGCCCUCAGACUGUCAUGACGCUGGGCAACACCAAACUGCUCCCACUGGCCCCCGCCCCCGUCUACAUACCCACGGGGCCCGGCGGCGGCGGCGGUGGUGGCGCGGCCACAAAGAUGGACUUUUCCCGCCGGAGAAACUAUGUGUGCAACUUCCCCGGCUGCAGGAAGACGUACUUCAAGAGCUCGCAUCUCAAGGCUCAUCUUCGCACACACACGGGUGAGAAGCCAUUCAGCUGCAGCUGGGACGGCUGCGACAAAAGGUUCGCCCGCUCUGACGAGCUCUCCCGGCACCGGCGGACGCACACCGGCGAGAAGAAGUUUGUGUGCCCCGUGUGCGAUCGGCGAUUCAUGCGCAGCGAUCACCUCACCAAACACGCCCGGCGCCACAUGACCACCAAGAAAAUUCCCACCUGGCAGGCCGACGUUCGGAACCUGAACAAGAUGGCCACCGGCAAGAACCCUUCCGCCAAACCCAGCCUGGCUACAAUAAGCAUGCUGGUACCUGCCGGCUCUCAGUAGGCAAGGAACACUUGAGUAAUGCAGGGAGUGGCCCAGCACAUACGGCCGUCUUGACUCAUGGGAAUAAAAAAAAAAAAAAACAUGCACUGGACCUUUACAUCUCGACUGCUCAUUUGUACAUUUACACAAAAGGAUUCUUUUUGUUAAAGGAUGCACUCUUUGCCAAAGCCUUUGUACGACUUGGAAUUUCGUAUUUUCCCACCCUUCCGCAGCAUUUUUUUUAUUUGUUGUGACACAUAUGUGAAUGUUUUGUUGCGUGUCCUGUUUGAGGAACGUGUUGAUAUACGCGUACAUAUACAGAUAUAUAAACAUUGUAAAUAUUCAUACGUAAUCGCCAUUACUAUGAUAAAUACCUUCAUGAUUACUGCAUACCUCCCUAUGUGUACCUUUCAUAUUAUUUAAUACAUAUUUGUAAUUAAAAAGACAACUCAUUUACUGUUCA